GGUUUCUGUCCUUCCCCCUGAAAAGGGACUGGCGGCGUCAUCUGUCAUUAACAGUGUCUGUCGGUCUCCGAAGUUCAGCUCCACGCUGCUUGAUGGAUUGACGGUGUGACGUCAGCGCGGGAGGGGACAGGAGUGAGAAGGGGAGGGUUCGGGGUGGUGGUGGGGCAUUAAUCUUGGUGCGCGCGCGGCUGAGAGCGAGCGAGCGAUCGAGCGCGCGAGCCAGGAGAGACGCGCUCACUAAUCUCCCGGGAAACGGGCCGGUCCGAGAGGAGAAAACCAGGUACCGAGGGAGCGGGGGUCCAUUCCGCCCGAGUGCACGAGAAGAAGCUCCUGUAGAGUUUGUAGCAGAGACACGAGCGGUGCUGGAGGAUGAGCCUGAGCUCUGAAGCCUUAUAGACCCUGAGGGCAUUUUCUAAAGUGAGCCCUGGGGGGUAUCAGGAGCCGUCUCUCAUCUCUUCGAGAGCGCGUGCAUGUCGGUGUGUGUGUGUGCGCGUGCCCGCGCGUGCCUCUGAGACCUGCGCGAGCCCCCCGGCUCCGUCCUGCCCCGCUCGUCGCACCGAACCAAUGAGGUUGUGCGCGAGCCGCUAAAUUGCGCCGCGCGCUCUCCAAGCCCGCACACUCCGCUCUGUGUUUUCUCCCUCUGUCCUCUGUCCCCUGUCCUGAUGGACCGCACGCAUUCAGCACGGACUGGUAAAAUGCACUGGAUCACUCUGCUGCUGGCAGGAUUCACUUUUCUGGGCAAAGUGUCCGUGUACAACUGCUUAGAUUACGGAGAGAGCUUCGACUAUUAUAAUGAAGAGGAGAAGACGGAGAGCAUCGAUUACAAAGACCCCUGCAAAGCCGCUGUCUUUUGGGGAGACAUCGCCUUGGAUGAGGAGGAUCUGAAAAUGUUUCAGGUCGACAGGACGAUAGACCUCGCUCGGCACCAGCACGCGAGGAAAGGGCACACGUCAGGUGGAGCAGAAGAGCACGACUCCACUACAAAGCGAGGACAGUUGUUCCUCCUUCUAGAGAGAAUACGACGACUUGGUCUCGAACAGCCUAAGAACUCGAGUAAGGACGAGACCAUGAGUGCCGGCUCACUAGGCAGUGGGGAACGAAAGAGAAGGGCGAGAGGGGCUAAAUCUCGUGUCCCGCGAGCCGCCACUUCCAGAGCUGAGCGAAUCUGGCCAGGAGGUGUCAUCCCUUACGUUAUUGGAGGCAACUUUACUGGCAGUCAAAGAGCGAUGUUCAGACAGGCCAUGAGACACUGGGAGAAACAGACGUGCGUGACCUUCGUUGAGAAAACAGAUGAAGAGAGCUAUAUCGUCUUCACCUACCGGCCCUGCGGAUGCUGCUCCUAUGUGGGUCGACGUGGUAAUGGGCCUCAAGCCAUCUCCAUUGGGAAAAACUGUGACAAGUUUGGCAUUGUGGUUCACGAGCUGGGGCAUGUGAUCGGGUUCUGGCAUGAGCACACACGACCCGAUCGGGACGAUCAUGUGACCAUCAUCAGAGACAACAUUCAGCCUGGUCAGGAAUACAACUUCCUAAAGAUGGAGCCCGGUGAGGUGAACUCUCUGGGCGAGCCAUACGACUUUGACAGCAUCAUGCAUUACGCCAGGAACACGUUCUCCAGAGGAAUGUUUUUGGACACCAUCCUGCCCUCUCGUGAUGAGAACGGUGUUCGGCCUGCGAUCGGGCAGAGGACCAGGCUCAGCAAAGGAGACAUUUCCCAAGCCAAGAAACUCUACAGGUGUCCAGCAUGUGGGGAAACUUUGCAAGACUCAGCAGGCAACUUUUCAUCUCCCGGUUACCCGAAUGGAUAUCCCUCAUACACGCACUGUGUCUGGAGGAUCUCGGUGACACCCGGGGAAAAGAUCGUGCUCAACUUCACCACAAUGGACCUCUACAAGAGCAGUCUGUGCUGGUACGACUACAUCGAGGUGCGGGAUGGCUACUGGCGGAAAGCCCCACUUCUAGGUCGCUUUUGUGGUGAUAAGAUUCCAGAAACGCUGAUCUCCACAGACAGUCGGAUGUGGAUCGAGUUUCGCAGCAGCAGUAACUGGGUGGGAAAAGGCUUCUCUGCUGUAUACGAAGCGGUUUGUGGCGGCGACGUUAAUAAAGACUCCGGCCAGAUUCAGUCUCCAAACUAUCCAGAUGACUACAGGCCCUCAAAGGAGUGUGUGUGGAAGAUCAGCGUGUCUGUGGGCUACAGCGUGGGCCUCAGCUUUCAGUCUUUUGAGAUCGAGAGGCACGAUAACUGUGCAUAUGACUAUCUGGAGAUGCGGGACGGCCUUUCCGAGAGCAGUCCACUGAUUGGUCGGUUCUGUGGCUAUGACAUCCCUGAGGACAUUCGCUCCACCUCCAACACUCUGUGGAUGAAGUUUGUUUCGGAUGGAACGGUGAACAAAGCUGGCUUUGCUGCAAAUUUCUUCAAAGAGGAGGACGAGUGCAUGAAGCCGGAUAACGGAGGCUGUGAGCAGAGGUGUGUGAACACAUUAGGAAGCUACAAGUGUGCGUGUGACCCUGGAUAUGAACUGGCCCCGGACAAGAAAAGUUGUGAAGCUGCAUGUGGAGGUCUGCUAUCCAAACUGAAUGGCACGAUCACGACCCCAGGCUGGCCGAAAGAAUACCCUCCCAACAAGAACUGUGUUUGGCAAGUGGUGGCCCCCACACAGUACCGCAUAUCCGUGCAGUUCGAGGCCUUUGAACUAGAGGGGAACGAGGUGUGCAAGUAUGACUUUGUGGAGGUGCGAAGUGGACUUUCGUCUGACUCAAAGCUUCAUGGGAAAUAUUGUGGCACAGAGGUUCCUGAGGUGAUCACGUCCCAGUACAACAACAUGCGCAUCGAGUUCAAGUCGGACAACACCGUUUCAAAGAAAGGCUUCAAAGCACAUUUCUUUUCUGAUAAGGACGAGUGCUCGAAGGAUAAUGGCGGAUGCCAGCACGAGUGCAUCAACAUCAUAGGCAGCUACGUUUGCCAGUGUCGCAACGGCUUUAUACUGCACGAGAACAAGCAUGACUGCAAAGAAGCGGAGUGCGAGCACAAGAUUCACAGCCCCACUGGCACCAUAAGUAGCCCCAACUGGCCUGAUAAGUACCCCAGCAGGAAGGAGUGUACCUGGGACAUCAAUGCAACUCCAGGUCAUCGCGUAAAAAUCUCGUUUAACGAGUUUGAGAUCGAGCAGCACCAGGAAUGCGCCUAUGAUCACCUGGAGGCUUUCGACGGCGACUCGGACAAAGCGCCCAUUUUGAGCCGGCUCUGUGGUAGCAAGCUUCCCGAACCCCUCAUCUCCACAGGGAACAGGAUUUACCUCCGCUUUAUCUCCGAUGCCUCGGUGCAGCGCAAGGGCUUCCACGCGACACACUCCACAGAGUGUGGAGGCAGGCUGAGGGCAGAAGCCAGGCAGAAGAACCUUUACUCUCAUGCACAGUUCGGAGACAAUAACUAUCCAGGCCACACAGACUGCGAGUGGCUGAUCACAGCCGAGGCAGGUUACAGCAUCGAGCUCACCUUCACCACCUUCGAGCUGGAGGAGGAAGCCGAGUGCGGAUACGACUUUAUCGAGCUGUAUGACGGGCCCGACACCUCAGCGCACAAACUGGGACGCUUCUGUGGUUCAGGGGCUCGUGAGGAGCUGUAUUCCGCCAGCGACGCCAUGCUGAUCCGCUUCCACAGCGAUGACACCAUCAGUAAGAAAGGCUUCCACAUCCGCUACAUCAGCACCAAGUUCCAGGAGGAGUUACACACGCACAAGUAACACAUGAAUACACACUCAUAGACACGGACACGUCUCCAGGACAAAAGGGUGCCACAGACUGCAAAAGGAGUUGGACUCCGGGACACAAACGCUCGAGCGGAAAGUAAAGCUUUCUAGCACUGGACUCGCCUCUUCAUUUUAGCCACUAGGGGGUGCUGUUUACCAGCUCUGAUCCCUAACCCGGAGGCAAGCUCCGCCCAUUUCGCCUCCAACCGACGCCCGAUCGAUCGCACCGUGACAGGCGGCCAUUUUUAAACUCCUGUCUAUACUACAAACUCGAAAUAAUAUCACGUGAGAGAGAGAAGCUCGUUGUAGAUGCUGCACAUAAAAAGAGACGUAAAACAAUAAGCUUGUUUUCAAGCGUGUGGGAGGAAAAAUAUUGUGUCAUAAUUUUUUACAAGGCCCACAAUGACAACAUGGGAAAUCUGCGUCUGAGCAACAAAAGCUGCUGUUUCCACACUAAAACCUAAACGUGCACUCAGCUGCAUGGUUUCAUUUGGGAUUUUUCUCAAAGAAAAAAAACAAUACAAAAGAAAUCCAAAUGAAUUGUUUCUUGUUGUGACAUCAGUGGCUGUUUACAUGUAAUGAUAUAUAAUUUAUAUAUAAGUAUAAGAAAGUAUGCAUUAAUUCUACACAGGUAGAAGUCAUGUUUUCCCGAGUCAGCAGGAUUGUGAAAUCAAUGUCAUUUCCUUCUGUUUAAGAGCGUAGAGCUCUCGUGUAUGUGUGUAUAUAUAAUAUAUAGUAUUUUAUUUCCCAGUCCAUACAUACAUAAAAAUUCGUCUUGUUUGAUUAUGAGGGUGGUGUGAAGCAGAAGUGAGGCCUUGGAUUGAAGUGAAGGUGCGUUACAGCUGUGAAAACCCCUGUAAUCCUGUGCGCUUAACAUGCACUUAGCACAGAGGAUGAGGACGACUCAAUCCAGCUGUGCGCUGAAGUAUUCCUGCGCUCCAAACAAAACUUUUUUUUUGAGGCGACCGAACUACUAUCGUUCACGUAACAGGAAGCCGAUUCGGUCCCGCGGAGUCGACUCUGCGAACCAUGAGACUGAUUCAUUUCGUGAAUGAUUCACGGACGGAAGGGAAAACCCCUAAUGGUGCUACUCAGAGCUUCAGAGCUCCAGAUCCCAGACACUCGGCGUGCACUGAUCAGGAUUUACAGGCAGCGCUGCAGGAAACUCGCAUCAAUGACGCCGCCACUGUAGUGGACGGGCAACUAUGGCCUUAGAACCAAAAAAUGUAUAAUAUUGCACAUGUGGAUGUUUAUGUAGAUAAUGUUUGUUGUGUCGUCAUUGUUCUUUCUUUUUUUUAAUUAUUAAUGUAUUUUAUUUGAUAUUGAAUUUAAUGAAGUUGAACGAUCCUCCUGGGAAAAAAAAAAGUCUGACCAAGUUUUUUUGCUCAAAAUUCUAGUACAGACGUACACACACGCAGUUACACACACGCAGUUACACACACACACGCAGUUACACUCACAUGCUUUUCUUGCAAACAUGGGAGACAAGAGGACAAAUGCUCCUACAAAUGAUGUAGGGAUAAUUGUGCUUAAUAAUCAAGACCCAUGGUGUGUGUAAUAAUGAGCAGUGUGUGUGUGUGUGUGUGUGGGUGAAUAUAUAUAUGUGACUCAUACACGUGAUAUUUUAUGACGUUUUAGGUGUGGGUGUCUGUUCAUGUGCCAACUUCCCAAAUCUCCCUCAUUCAGGUUAUAGAUUAUGAAAUAUGAUUUUUUCCCCCACUUUGUAUCCUGAUAAAAAAAAAAAGAAAAAAGAAAAAAGACUCAUCACAGGGCUGGUGAUUAAACGGAUGUCAGGUCAAA